AAAGUUGGCAAUGUUUACAUUUUCCGGGUUCUCUGCGGAAGUGCUUCCAAACAAACUUUUAACGUUGUAACUGUAGUAGCAGCUACUGUGGUAAACCGCUGUAAUGUACCACUGCGUAGGGAAUUUCAAAAGAUUAUAAGCGAAGUUAUACCAAAGAAUAUGUAUAGACGUUAUUUCUCCAUGAUGUGAAAUAAGGAACAAUCGACAAAACAGAUACAAAGCUACUUGUAUGCGCAAGAAGUGUUGCGGUUUACGAUUUGAAAGCAUGCAUAAAUCACCCUCUUUCAAACGUUAACAGUAAAACAUUAACAUUCCUAAUAACCGCGUUUGAACUUGAAAUUUUGUUUUCGUUUUUUGUCUAUACAGAAGGAGCUAAUUUCUUCCAAUUUAAAUUAAUUUAAUAUUUAAUUUAAAAUAAAAAGAAAAUAUCUUUCCAAAUCUACACUUUUUCACAUAUAUUUUCCAAAGGUACUUAUAAAGAAUAUCCCAGGUAUAAUUAUGCUAUUUUCUCAUGGUCCCAUUUUUCCUGCUGUCAUAUUUUUGAUAUACUGUGUUUUUGGUAACUAUUCCUUAGAUAACAUGGUAGCAAUUGCUCCAAAGGAGUCUAAAAAACAUGAUAAAUUGACAGCUGAUGAACUAUCAUUACUGCACUCAACUGCAAAAGAUAUUUCACACUCAAAAGGCGGUAUGAGUAAAAAUGAGGAAGAACUCAAGGGCAUUCAUCAUGAAUUAAGAAGAUCUGUUAUAAGGAAAGCUACAAUACAGUCAGAAUCAGACAAUUUGGAAGCUCUUCUUUCUGAUUUUCAGAAGAAUAUUUCAGAUAAAAUGUCACUUUUACAAGAUAUGAAAGAUCUGGUCCAUCAGUAUGAUGUUGGUGUAAAUUUGGUCACUAUGGGAGGUUUAGAACUGCUUCUUUCUCACCUUUCAUCGUCUGAUGAGAAUAUUGUGUCUUCUAUUCUUUCAGUACUUGGGGCAGCCAUGCAAGGGAAUCCUCAUGUGCAAAAAGCUGCUCUCCAGAAAGAGAUUGGUCUUCGUUUAAGAAAUAUCCUAUCUGAGUCUCCUAACCUGUAUUCUCGUGGUAUGAUUGUACUUUCAGGCUUUUUGCGAAAUCUGCCUGAAGCUCAAAAAGAGUUCUUUAGUAAUAAUGGUGCCUUAAUUUUAGCAAAUAUAUUACAAAAUCAUGUGGUAUCAACAGAUACUAAAUUGAAAAUUAUUAAUCUUUUGAGUGAUUUAGCUACAGAACAUGUAAGUAUGAACUUUUAUCUUUCAUUAUUUAUGAAUUACAGGGUGAUCAUAAAAAAACUUCCCUGA